GUCGCCUCCGUCCUGCCCCGCAGGGGCGCCCGCUGGGUCCCCACACCGCCGCCGUCGAGCAGAGACUGGGUCGCGAGAGAGGCGCCGCCGCCCGCCCCGUCCAGCCGCCGUGUGCAGGCACUGCAGAGUCAGCUGUGAACGGGGGCUGUGAGGUGAGGCCACUUCAUCCAGCCCUUCUGACCAGACCAGGACCAAGCCAAGUUGCUCCCCUACCACCUUCAAAUUCCCCCUUAUGCCCCAAACCCUCCUCUGAUCUAGCCCUUACUCACCUCCUUUCUGUUUCCUAAAAACCCUUCCCACGGUCCCCUAACUGAGCCUUUUCUCCAUCCACAUCUUCUCCCUCACCCACCCAGGACACUUCCUUUUCUGCAAUCACCUCAUUGGGUACCUUACUUAUUUCCUCUUAUCAUGCUGGUGUCCUAGGAGAUGCCAGCACUCUCACCUGCAUCCCCAGCUGUAGUUUGUCUUCUCUCAACACUGUCUUGUAUAUUUACUGUGUCAUGUAGAACAUUCCCCACUAUCACUGUUACUUCAACCCCACCACAUUCUCCAUGAACGUAUCUGUGCCAUAACACACCUGGGUCAAUUGUGUGUCACUCCCAUAUUCCCUCAUUUAUAUCCUGAUUAGGUCUCUAAACACCCCCUUGACAGAGCUCUUUAUUAAUCCACCGUUUAAACAUCCCUCCUGUUGUCUGUCACUCUAUCCCGCCCCUAGCCUUUCCAGCUCAAGCUCUACCCUUCUCUGCUCAGCCUGCCCCUUGAUUCACAAUCAUCUUCCUCUCUUCCCUGUGGACUGCCUCCUACCAUGUUCCCUUGAGCCUCUAAGGAAGGGGCUCACGGGGCCCCAUGGCCUCCCGCUCCCCGUGGCCCCAUAGCCCCCGUGGGCCAGGGGAAGCACCUCGAAAGCCCCAAUGCCGAGGAUGGGCAACCGCACGUGGGAGGGCUGCCAUGUGGACUCGCGUGUGGACCACCUCUUCCCACCGUCCCUCUACAUCUUCGUCAUCGGCGUGGGGCUGCCUACAAAUUGCCUGGCUCUGUGGGCAGCUUACCGCCAGGUGCGUCAGCGCAACGAGCUGGGGGUCUACCUGAUGAACCUCAGCAUCGCCGACCUGCUGUACAUCUGCACGCUGCCGCUGUGGGUCGACUACUUCCUGCACCACGACAACUGGAUCCACGGUCCCGGCUCCUGCAAGCUCUUCGGGUUCAUCUUCUAUACCAACAUCUACAUCAGUAUCGCCUUCCUCUGCUGCAUCUCAGUGGACCGUUACCUGGCUGUGGCCCACCCACUGCGCUUUGCCCGCCUGCGCCGUGUCAAGACGGCAGUGGCUGUGAGCUCCGUGGUCUGGGCCACGGAGCUGGGCGCCAACUCUGCACCUCUGUUCCAUGACGAGCUCUUCCGGGACCGCUACAACCACACCUUCUGCUUUGAGAAGUUCCCAAUGGAAGGCUGGGUGGCCUGGAUGAACCUCUACCGGGUCUUUGUGGGGUUCCUCUUCCCAUGGGCUCUCAUGCUGCUGUCCUACAGAGGCAUCCUACGGGCUGUGAGGGGCAGCGUAUCCACCGAGCGCCAGGAGAAGGUCAAGAUCAAGCGGUUGGCCCUCAGCCUCAUCGCCAUCGUGCUGGUCUGCUUCGCGCCCUACCACGUGCUCCUGCUCUCACGCAGCGCUGUCUACCUGGGCCGCCCCUGGGACUGUGGCUUUGAGGAGCGCGUGUUCUCGGCCUACCACAGCUCUCUGGCAUUCACCAGCCUCAACUGUGUGGCUGACCCCAUCCUCUACUGCCUGGUUAACGAGGGCGCCCGCAGCGAUGUGGCCAAGGCCCUGCACAACCUGCUCCACUUCCUGGCCAGUGACAAGCCCCAAGAGAUGGCCAAUGCCUCCCUCACCCUUGAGACCCCCCUCACUUCCAAGAGGAACAGCUCAGCCAAAGCCUUGGCUGCCAGCUGGGCAGCCUCUCCACCCUGCCAGGGGGACCAGGUGCAGCUAAAGAUGCUGCAGUCAGCACAGUGAACCCAAAUGGUGCAGAGCUCCCAAUCCUCCAAUCUCAUCCUACAGUCCCUCUUUCCUGGUCUGGUGUAUACAAAUUGUAUGUAAAUAAGGUUGUUUUAAUAUUCUUAAGAAUACAAGAAAGUAGGAAAAGAGUGAG